AUGCUUUCCAAGCUAACACUUGUCGGUUUGCUUCUGUUGGGCGCUGGCUCAGCUACGCCUGAGCUUGCCUUUCCAAUAAACUCCCAGUUCCCUCCGGUCGCUUACGUUCUCCAGCCAUACAAAUUUGAGAUUGCUCUCACAACUUUUGUAUCCCCACUACCUCAGGUUGUGUAUGCCAUUACCGGUGGUCCAACAUGGCUCCAACUCGACAAUGGCAGUCGACUCUUGACGGGAAUUCCUCUCCAAGAAGAUGUCGGAACAAACACCUUUCAACUGACAGCUUCAGACUCGACAGGAGAAACGUCGACCACUGUUACUUUGAUGGUGCUUUCCGAGCCAAGUGUGUUGACGUCGAAUACUCCAGUGCUUCCACAACUGGAAACGGCUGGCCCUGUGUCGGCGCCACACUCCCUUAUAUUGCAUCCUUCGCAGCCUUUCGAAGUAAUCUUCCCGCCUGAGACUUUCCAUGGAAUCUCUUCGAACACAAAAUACUCUGCGGCGUUGGAAAAUCAUUCUCCUCUACCCUCAUGGAUACAGUUUGACCCUUCGCAACUCUCAUUCAAAGGUACUAGCCCUCCCUUGAUCCCGAGGUCCCCGGCUUCUCAAACAUAUGGACUUGUGAUGAUGGCCUCAAAUAUCCCAGACUUCACACAAGCCAUGGUUCAAUUUGAUAUCAUUGUUAGCGAUAACAUCCUUGCGUUCACAGCACCGAUACAGCAGUACAAUAUCUCCGGGAACGCCCGCUUUGAGACACCCUCGCUUCGGUCCUCGCUCUUGCUCAAUGGAAAGGCCAUUACAGAUGUGCAGGUUGCAAACGUGACUACGGACGCACCUGACUGGCUCAAGCUGGACAAAAGUCAAAUUGUUUUGAGCGGCAGCGCUCCAGAUACUGCUGACAUCAACGUUACAAUUAGUGUCACGGAUACCUAUAAUGAUGUUGCAAACACAACGAUUCAGAUACUGCACAAGGAUCUUGUUACCAGGCCUAUCGGCAAAAUUGCAACCAUCAGAAUAACUCUCGGUCGAGAGUUCUCCUACAAUGUCAAUGAAUCAAGAUUUGUUGGACCAGGACAGAUGACCGUGAACCUGGGAGACACGUCUAGCUGGCUUCACUUUGAUGCGCAGCGACGAACGUUAUCUGGUCUGCCACCAUUGAGUCUGCCUGCCAGCACAAUAACCAUACCAGUAACUUUCAAAAAUGGCACCGUGGAUAUCAGGGCUACUGUCGACUUGCAGCCCGCGCUGAGAGAGAUUGAAGCCUCUGGCACGUCUACACUUAGGUCCCUGCCAACAACCACCCCACGACCAGGUACGAUCAAUAAUUCCUACAACACAGGUGCUCAACCGAACAAAACCCCGAGCCGGCGUGUAACAACCAUCAUACUAGCGAUGUUGGCAGUGGCAUGCGGGCUCCUAACCAUAUUUUGUCUCGUGCUAUGGGUGAUGAGACGGAGAAGGGGACAAAGAAAAGUUGCCGGUGAGCAAGAGCUGAGUUCAGGCGAAAGUCAGCGACGCGAAAGCACCACGAGGGAAUGUUCAGAGCCCACAACUGCUCCGCUUCCUGUGCAGCGCGGCGGUCCCCAAAAUCCAAUCUCUAUGCAACCACCACCGACGCGGAUCGACUCAACAUGGCCCAACGAGGCGCCGGAGGGACCUAGAUAUAGUUCUGCCGGUACCGCAAAUCUGCCAUCAAUUCAUGAUUCCCGGCUCGCAUAUAAAUGGGGACCUCUUAAUAACCACCCAGGUCAAGGAAACCUUCCGCCGAGAGAUGCAAUGAGCGAAAAACUCCCUCCGUCGAAACAGCAGGCUCGCACGUCAAUCACUCACGAGCCGUCGGGCUCCAAGAUUGAUACAAAUGAGCGAGGUUCUUCAACGCUCUCUCGGCAGUCGCGAUCGCAAUCUAUAAUUGCUCUUCCAAACAGAAGAAGUGGAGCUGGACAUGGCAACGGGUUGAUGAUGGAUUCCAACGCCAAUAAGGACCUGGACAUCGGUGAUUUACACCCGCCUUUAGACAGCAGACGAACUACCAUGGUGCUUGACUCGUUUCCCAGUCCGCCCCAGGAUGGGUCAAAGACAGCAAAAGUCCGAUCACUGAACAAACCUGCCAACCCUUCUUUGCGUGUCACUUCAGAGGACAGUAAUCUUUCAUUCGAGGCACGAAGACAACAAUGGCACACGGAACGCGCACGAGCACGGCUGGAAGGGGGAGCACGUUUCUCCAACGCCGGAUCUUCAUUCGCACUGAGAACGCCCCGAGAUCCGCCUGGCAGGCGUAGUGUUGCUCGCUAUACCCAGCCGUUGUCUUUGCUAUCAUUGUACGAACCCGCUUCAAGAGAACCUUCCUGGUCCAGGUGGUCAGGCAUGGGACCGCCUGCUCAGGAAACUCUCCGUGCUGCAAGUCCCCUAGACUCGCUAAUCGAGAAUCUACCAGGUUCUAAGAGAAGUGCCAGUUUAAUAAGUGAUGGUCAAUUUGACUCCGCCGCAUCUUCUAACAGCCAGUGGGAAUUUGAAGACCUCAUCGACGAAGAUAGAAAUGAGACCACACGCCACUGUCAGACGAAUGGACAAUCAAUAACGACGCCACGUCUGCCCUUUGACACUGUCCGGAACUCACGGCAAAGUACCAGUAGUGAGACUCUUCCCACACAUCCCGGGCAGGCACGGCUGUCAGAUGUAAGGAGGAAGCAUUUCAGCGUGGCGGAUGGAGAGCUGAAAUCAUACCAGAGCCAUCACGGGAAUUUUCGCUUCAUAUGA